AUGGCGAAGAGACAGAAGAAAGGUCAGGCGGGCCAGGCAAAGAACUUCAUCACUAGAACACAGGCGGUCCGGAAACUCCAGAUAUCAUUACCCGACUUCAGACGAUUAUGCAUCUUCAAGGGCAUAUACCCUCGCGAGCCACGCAAUAUCAAGAAGGCCAACAAAUCUGCGACGCACUCAACAACGUUCUACUACACCAAAGACAUCCAAUAUCUUCUCCAUGAACCUCUGCUAGCCAAAUUUCGAGAUCAAAAAGCGCUCUCCAAAAAGAUCGCUCGGUCACUCGGUCGCAAUGAAGUACAAGACGCUGCGCGCAUGGAGAAAGAGCGGACGCCCAAGAUCAAGCUAGAUCAUAUCGUGAGAGAAAGAUAUCCUACCUUUGUCGAUGCGCUAAGAGAUUUGGACGACGCUCUGUCUCUGCUUUUUCUAUUCGCGAACCUACCUUCGACCAGCACCGCGCCCCCCAAGGUCAUAGCAAAGUGUCAGCGUUUAUGUCACGAGUUCGAACACUAUCUGAUCACAUCACAUUCCCUUCGAAAGUCGUUUCUGUCAAUCAAGGGUAUAUAUUACCAAGCUACGAUACAAGGGCAGGACAUCAUGUGGCUGGUGCCUUAUCGUUUCGUGCAGCAAGUCAGCGCCGAGGUUGAUUACCGCAUCAUGGGUACCUUUGUUGAGUUCUAUUGCACACUUCUUGGAUUUGUCAACUUCAGACUGUACACAAGCCUUGGGUUGGUGUACCCGCCAAAAUUUGAUACCACCAGCGAUGAAAGAGGAGCAGAGCUGGCCGCCUUUACGCUACAGGGCCGUAAUGUUUCAAAAACUAUCGAGAACGGCGAGAAUCUUGACGGAGGUCUGUCAAAUGGCCCUGCUGAGACCAAUCCAGCUGCUGUCCAGGCGCAAGUGGAGCUGGCUGCCGCGGCGCAGGAAGACGCACCGGAGGAGGCUCAAAGCGACGAUGUUGAUGACAUUGCUGAAGAGGCAGCGAUCGAUAAGUUCGAGGUCGCUGCACCCGAAGGUGAAUCUCUCCCACAGCCCAGUAUGAGCGGGAACCAGGCAGCAAGCCUGUUCAGCAACAUCACAGUCUUUAUUUCAAGAGAAGCCCCACGGCAUCCCAUCGAAUUUCUCCUGCGAGCCUUUGGUUGCCAGCGCAUAGGCUGGGACGCAGUCCUCGGCGAGGGAGCCUUCACUCAAAAUGAGGCUGAUCCACGUAUAACGCACCAGAUCGUUGACCGACCAGCUGCGGUGGAAACCCUACCUAAUGUGCAAGGCGACAGCACCGCUAAUGGACAGCAAUCGCGGUCGAUAAAACCUGGCUACAUCAUGCCUGGCCGCGUCUACGUGCAGCCGCAGUGGAUCUGGGAUUGUGUGAAUGAGGGUACGAUCCUUCGGACAGAUACAUAUGCCCCUGGCGCGACCUUGCCUCCUCAUUUGAGUCCAUGGGUGAAGCCUACACAGGGCCAGUACGAUCCACGCGCCACACUUGAGGAACAAGAGCUUGAGGGGGAGACCGACGAGGAUAACGUGGGUGAAGUCGAGGACGAAGAUCAGGACGCCGCUGGGGGAGCCAUAGAUGACGGCGGUGCUGAGUCAGAUGACAGUGUCGUCGAUGCAGGUGGCAUGGAUGUAGCAGACACAGACGAUGAGUCCAAGAGUGCAGAGGAAGCCGAGUUAGAUGGAUUUGAAGGAUUUGAUGAAGAAUCUGAUAGCGGCGACGAGGACCCGGAGCUACUCCAUCAACAAGAGCUUGCAGCUGAGGCAGCUGGCAAGCCUGUGUCUACCAAGAAGUCAGAUCCGGAGAGGGAGCGGCUAGAAAAGGCGAAGAAGGCGCGACAAGUGAAGCAGGCCAAGGAGGAUGAGGAGACAGAGCGGCGCAAAUUGAUGAUGAGCAAUAAGAAGCGCAAGUUGUUUGAGAAGAUGCAACACUCCAACGAGAAGAAGGAUGCUGAGGCCGCGAAGCUGAGGAAGAAGCGAAGGAAGAUAGAGAGGGCAUAA